CACCGGCCUCACUCUAUCUACCCCGGCCUGCCCGGUAUCGUCUCUCCGAUGGUGCGGAUAGCGGUACCGGCGAUACACCUGGUGGGUUGCGUGCUUCUUCUCGCGAAAGCGGGUGCUGAGGAUCCCCGGCCGGAGUCAUGCGGAGUUGAUGUCUUCCCGAACGAUGAGUUCGCCGUUUGCAACGUGGGGUCGUCGUGUCGAGACGAGUACAACCGCGCCAACGGUACCCUGAACAAGAUGUGGCCGGAGGAAACCGGCAUCGCGCCGAAGCGCAUCAACGGCGAGCGGAAUCGGGUCAAGCUCAACGAGUACCAACCAGUCACGGUGCCAAAGUUCACCGAGCUUGGGUACAAGAAGGAGAAGCUUAACCCGGACACUUACGCGUACCUCAUGGAGUGGUACCACGGCCAGAUGGAAAACAAGAUGCCCGUGACUGAAAAAUGGGCCCUGGACAACACCUACGUUAACCAUUGGGAGGUCGGUACCAAGAUGACCACCGCGCCGAUGAGGAUCCACAGGCGCUUGUAUCAGGACCUGCUUCCUGUCAUGGAGGAGUGGUCCGGCACCAAGCUAAAGUCUACGGCAUGCUACGGGGUGCGACACUACUACAGGGGCAGCAUCCUCGCGAACCACGUCGAUCGAGUCGACACGCACGUCAUCUCCGCAAUCAUCAACGUGGAGCAGCCUGGAGAGAUAAUCUUCUACGAGAGCGCGAGCGUCAUCCACGGCAGACCGCAAGCAUUCCAGGGGAGCAGGUUCGCCAACAUUUUCGUCCACUUCUCGCCGGCGGAAGGCUGGGACGUGACGGCCAAUACAGUGGAGAGGGCCGCGAAAUUCGGGAAAACGCAAAAGAGGCAGCAGGAAAGCGCCACCGAUGAAAAGGCAAAGGCCGCGUGA